AAGAACAUGUUCCAGGGCGCAGACAACUUGAAGGGCCUCCUCUCCGGUAAGGAGCCUCUCGCUGGAGAAAUCCAGGAAGGCAAGGUGGCGGAGGUUCUCAAGGAGAGGACAUUGCGCCGGCGGUGGGUGCUGAUAUGCUGGAUCCUCACGUUCUGGGUACCUGCUCCGCUGAAGCGUCCUCACAUCCAGCAAGCGUGGCGAGAGAAGCUGGCGCUCAAUAUGCCCAUCUGGUUCGUCUGCGGCUGCGUCGUCUUCGCCAUCGCCAUCUUCGGUGGUCUCAUUUGUCCAACGGCGCAUGUGUUCUCAACGAGCGAGUUGCAUGCGCAUUCCUACAAGAACAGCCCGAACAACAUAUAG